AUGAACGUGCUUUCCGCGUCCCUUCCGGGCCUCCCGGCGCCGGGCACCUUCUCUCGCAGCAGCCCGGAACCUCGGAUCCUGAGACUUUAUCCUUUGUACCUGGGCAUUGGCGCCCUGGGCUACUUUGUGGAAGCAUCUGCGCGCACCUUUGAAGGUGAGGCCAAGAGUGCGCACUUUCUGCUGUUGGCACAGAUCAUCAUUGUGUUGUCAAUGGGCCCGCUGCUUGGAAUCGCCAACUGCCUGAUAAGGCACCUUUACCCGGACGGGCAUUUGUGGUGGGCGGCCUCCAUGUUCGGCGGGAUGUUUCUCUUGUGUGCAGUGAUGGCGCUGGCGAUGUCUUUGCAGGACAGCUUGCUGGUUGUGUCUCUGGCGGUGUGUGCAACUACUUUGUGGGCAAGCUGUGCUUGGAGCGCCAGCAUCUGGGCGCUCUCCUGGACCUACAGCUGGAAGGUUGCGGCUGCUUGGGCACUCGUGGCCGCCCAAGCGCUCCUCUUCUUCCUGGAGCCGCUCUGUGGCCCGCGAGGCCAUGCGCACUGCUACGAGCAUUGCCCCUUCGGCGCCGGCAAGCACCAGUUCUUCGCGUUCGACCUCACGUUAGUGGGUCUCAUCCUCCUGGGCGGGUGUCAGUCCUUUGAUCCCGACGCCUUCACCGAGCGCCGAAGUCCGGCGAGCGGGCCAGGGCUUGAGAAGAGCGACGCAGUGUAG